CUCUUUCCAGUUCUGGUUUGCUUGUUGCAAUGGCAAGAUGGCAAGCCAACCAAAGCCGCCGCCCCACUGGGCUGGCCUCGGAUUGGGCUCGGGCGCUGAAAGCGCUCUGAAACAGCAGCUGCAGGAGGCUCAAGCAGCCAACGAGGCGCUCAAUGCCAAGCUGCAAGCAGCGAAGGAUCUGUGGCAGCGCUUGGAGGAAGCCGAGCUGAAGGAGUGUGAGGCGAGGAAGCAGCUCACAGUUUGCCAGGCGCAGUUGGAGAAGCUCAAGGCGGAGUUGGAGAAGCGCAUACGUCGUCCAAAGGGCCGGGUGACUGCAAGGCUGCUUCGCAACCUGGAAAGCAACAUUGCGCGCGAGAUGUGCGAUGCUCGGCAGGGAUUUGUCAUCCAGAAGGUGACCGAGAAGCAUGGCAAGACCGAGGUGCGCCGGGUGGCUGUGUGCCCCAGCACGUCUCGCCUCAAGUGGUGCCACGCGCGCGAGUGUCUGGGCGAGAGCUCCAAAACUUUGGACUUGACUGUGGUGCAAAAGAUCGAGUACGGCCCAGGAUCCAGAGCAUUCAAGUUGUAUCCGGAGGCAUCGCCCUGGCUUUGCUUUUCCCUCAUCACUGCAGAGAGGUCCUACGACUUCAUCAGCUCCAACGAGAAUUCAGCUCGCUGCUUUGUGCUGUCCAUCUCCAGGCUUUGCGAGGGCAAAGCUGACGGGGGUUUCCGAUCAAGGCGUCAGUUUGAAUCUGCAAAAGGCUGGUGCAAGCUGAAAACAGGAUGCCAACGUCGUGGGUCCACCAUGCAGAAGGCAAUUCUUUCAGCAUUGCAGCAGGCAGCAGAAUCCUUGCCUGCCAUCCCUGCAAGCGAAUCUGAAAGUUUGGUUGCGGAUUCAACUGCUGCCGUUCAACAAGAAGGGCUCGCGGAGAAGCCGAUGGAUUUGUUUGACUUCUGCGACGAGCUGAAAGGAGAGUCUUCGCCCAAGCUGCCAGCAGCGCAGCCAAAGAUUGGGCAGAGGCCCUCAACCACUUCACUUGCCGCGGUGUCCAGGGGAUUGACCAGAUGGAUAUCUUCAUCUUCGGGCUCUCCUGCUGGAGGUGGGUGGCCAAGACCGGGAGAGACCUGGGUUUUCACAGGAAUUGUGGACCACGUGGAUCUCUACCGAUCUGCCGACAGCAACGAGUGGGUCAACGAGAUGACAUGCCGAGGGCAAAACAGUGAGCGCCGAAUGGUGAACAUUGUGUCGGUUCUGCCGCAGCAGAAUAUGGUGGAGAUUAGGGGCACUGACAAGCUGAAGUUUGUGAAGGGCUGGGCCCGAAUGGUCGAUGACAAUGGCCAAUGGUUGCUGGAGGAGGCUCCAAAAUGAUCCUGCGCGAUGCAUUCCGGGGCAGCAGCGCUCUGCGAGAAGACCGUCGUCCAACGCAUGAGUCGCUUGAGCACUGGGCGACAUGAUGUGAGAUCAGCUUUUACACGACUUACAAGAGAAGAACGAAAGGCAGCCACGUGUGCGCCAGUGCUUGAGGAUGGCCAUUUGUUUUUUUGCUUCGCGCGUGGCAUGUGGACAUGAAUC